CAAAAUCAUGGCUGUUCAUAUCGAAGGAAUCCAGGGGAUGCAAUACUCCCGCACCGGUUCUCAGUUUGAGGAAUCGGACUACUCCUUCUUUAACAGGCAGUACGCAACCUCGUCCUACCAACAGGAGCAUGACAUGUACCCCUCUCUCAUUGUGCAGCCCAAGGGCGACGAGGACGUCGUCAAGACUGUCCAAUGGGCUGUGAGCAACAAGGUCUCGGUCGCCGUCAAGAGCGGCGGGCACCAGUACAGCGGUGCCUCGUCUACCGGCGGGAACAACAUCCAGCUCGACCUCAGCAACACCUACAAAGACAUGAUGGUGCUGCCGUCUGACAAACUCUCGCCUGAUAGAGUGAUGGUGUAUGUCGGCGUCAGCAACGCGCUCCAGGACUUCAACGCCUGGCUCGGACACAACGGACUCUUUGUUCCUCACGGGCAAUGCGCCUAUGUUUGCACUGGUGGUCAUGGGCAGACUGGUGGUUACGGCCAGCUUGGUCGUAGCUUCGGCCUGCUCGGAGAUCACAUCAGGGCUAUUCGCAUGGUGGAUCAUACCGGCACGAUUAUCCCGGAGGUCACCAAGGAAACCAACACGGAUCUUUUCAACUCCAUUCUUGGAGGUAGUCCCGGCAACUUCGGCAUCAUCACACACUACGUGAUUGAAGUGUUCCAGGCCAAGAGCUACAUGGGAACCGUUGUCGGUCCAGGCAACUACAAGGGCCCGCAUUGGAUGAAGGGGCUCUUCGUCUACAACGCCAACAUCCUCAAACAGCUGCUUACUUUCCUUGCUAAAAUGUCCGAUAACGCUGCCAUGCCUCGAGGCUACGACCUCUGCAUCAGCGUUCUCAGUACCGACUUUCCGGUCUCACUGCUAUUCCCCUCUUUGCAGGAUGAUAAAAACUACCAAUCGAUGUUGCAGAGGGUUGCGCAAGCCGUUGGGGGUGAAGUCCUCAACUUGUUGAACGGAAAACUGCCAGCCAUCAUGGUGGUUUAUGCACAGUGGUGCCCAAUCAACAAGGAAGACACGUACGAUACGACGGUCGACAAUUGGUUCCAGCAAUUUCGUAAUCUGCGCGAGCACGAUUUCUUCCUCAUUCUCGAAGAAGACGACGGAAACAUGGCUGAGAUCACCAAGAAAUGGAUUUUCCCCAAGCGACGAGAGUUUGACCUCCCUUACGUGAAACGCACCUACGCUACAAACUCUAGAACCCUUUCCACGGAUGGUUGGGUUGACGUCGUGGUGAACCGUCUGAACUUGAUUCUCGACCCGAACCAGAAGCUGGACAAGACCAAGACCCCCGAGGAGCAAGACAUCUACGAUCAUUGCAAGCUUUCAGUACAAAUCCAAGGGUUUGGAGGCGACAACUCCCAGUUCUACGUCAACCGGGACAAUGGCACCUCGUACAGCUGGAGAGACUCGACCAUGGUGCAGACCAUGGACUGCUUCCAUGAUGCGGCCGACCAGUACCAUCAGUACGCUCUCAAUUGGCAAAAGGACAACGAUGCUGCCAUGAUUGGACCGAAGAGCACUUUCAGCCAGCAGGACAGGCGUUUGCUCUGGGGCUCGUGGGGUGACUGGGACAUGUCGAAGCCGGAGGUUUGGCAGGCGUAUUAUGAGACUGAGGAGAAGUACCAGACGCUGGGCAAGGCGAGGGGCACGGCUGAUCCGAAUGGAACCUUUACCGCCAACGCAUUUGCUGUCACAGCUAUCAAACAGUAG